UACACAAAACAUAAACUACCGGUGCCUUUGCUUGUACGCUUUUGGCCGGUCCAUUCUCACUCACGAUACGAUAAAAGGCAUUUUGUGGACCGCUUCUUGCACAUUCCCUCGAGCCGCAGUGGUGAUUUAAUUUCAUUAGGUGGUUUUUAUUUAUUGUAUAUUUACGCGCGGUGGACGGUAGCGUUGGUAAGGGUGGUGGCAAAAGGUUGGUAAAGCUGGUCUUUGCAAAUCUCCCAACGAAAGCGUACGAUGGAAAUCAACGAGAACAACUUCGAGCGGCUGGCAAACUACCUCCAGCAGACGCUUAAUCCCGAUCCGGAAGUUCGACGACCCGCUGAAAGGUUCAUCGAAAGUAUUGAAAUCAGCCAAAACUAUCCGCUACUAUGUUUGCACCUGGUCGAUCGUCCGCAGGUCGACAUGACGAUACGAGUCGCGGCGGCGAUCGCUUUCAAGAACUUUGUCAAACGUAACUGGGGUUUCCACCUGGAGAAUGAUGGGCCGGACAAGGUGUGCGAGUCGGACCGAAACGGCAUCAAGAGCCUGAUCGUCCCAAUGAUGCUGAAAUCACCCGCUUCCAUACAGAAGCAGCUGAGCGAUGCGGUCAGCAUCAUCGGGAAGUACGAUUUCCCGCUCAAGUGGCCCCAGCUGAUCGACGAGAUGAUUGAAAAGUUCGCCACGGGUGAUUUUCAUGUGAUCAACGGUGUGCUGCAGACGGCUCAUUCGCUGUUCAAGCGUUACCGAUACGAGUUCAAGUCGCAAGAGCUAUGGGAGGAGAUUAAGUUCGUGCUGGACAAAAUCGCAAAACCGCUCACCGAGCUACUGCAGGCUACACUAGGGUUGGCGGAAGCGCACGCGAACAACGAAGAGGCGCUGAAGGUCAUCUACAGCUCGCUGGUGCUCGUGUGCAAAGUGUUUUACUCGCUCAACUCGCAGGAUCUGCCCGAGUUCUUCGAGGAUAACAUGGAAACGUGGAUGAAAGCAUUCCACGGCCUGCUGACACUCGAUGUACCCUGUCUCAAGACGCCCGACGAUGAGGAUGCGGGCGUUUUGGAGCACUUGAGGUCGCAGAUCUGCGAGAAUCUUUGCAUGUACGCGCAGAAAUACGACGAAGAGUUCGGCCCAUACAUGCCCCAGUUCGUGACGGCCGUCUGGGAGCUGCUGGUGAACACCGGUAUCCAGACGAAGUACGAUUCGCUCGUCUCCUAUGCGCUCAAGUUCCUUAGUACCGUCGCGGACAGGAAUCACUAUCGGCAUCUGUUCGAAGAUCCGAACGUGCUGGCAAGUAUUUGCGAGAAAGUGAUCAUCCCGAACAUGGACUUCCGGCUGUCGGACGAGGAGCUGUUUGAGGAUAACCCGGAAGAGUACAUCCGACGGGACAUCGAGGGUUCGGACGUGGAAACGCGACGUCGAUCGGCCUGUGAUCUCGUCAAGACGCUGUCACAGAACUUUGAGGCAAAAAUCAUCGAAAUUUUCGGCCAAUACCUGCAGGUGCUGCUUGCGAAGUACGCAGAAAACCCGGCCAACAAUUGGAAGACGAAGGACACCGCCAUCUACCUCGUCACGUCGAUGGCUUCCAAGGGGCAGACGCAGAAGCACGGCGUCACGCAAUCGUCCGAGCUGGUGCCGCUACCGCAGUUCACCCAACAACAGAUUAUUCCGGAGCUGGAACGCUCCGACGUCAACCAGCUACCGGUGCUGAAAGCCGACGCACUCAAGUUCAUCAUGACGUUCCGGACGAUCCUGGGGCCGCAGAUUAUCGUCGCCACGAUGCCACUGGUCGCGAAGCACCUUGGAGCGGGCAGUGUUGUGGUGCACACGUAUGCGGCGUGCGCCAUCGACAAGAUCCUGACGAUGCGCGGCACCGACAAGCAACCGAUCGUGACGAAGGAGCUGCUAACGCCGCUGAGUGCCGAACUGAUCACUGGUCUGUUUGCCGCCUUCACCGUGCAGGGUUCGAACGAAAACGAGUACAUCAUGAAGUGUAUCAUGCGCGUGCUGAACACGCUCCAGGAGGCUUCGCUGCCGUUCAUGAUCGUGGUGUUACCGCGCCUAACCGAGAUCCUGACGGUCGUUUCGAAGAACCCAUCGAAGCCACACUUCAAUCACUAUCUGUUUGAGACACUUUCCCUUUCCGUAAAGUUGGUUUGCAAGGCAGACCCGAAUGCUGUCAGUUCGUUCGAGGAGGCUUUGUUCCCCGUUUUCCAGGGAAUACUGCAACAGGAUGUGCUUGAAUUCAUGCCCUACGUGUUCCAGAUGCUAUCACUGUUUCUGGAGAUCCGGGAGGGUAAGAGCAGCAUUCCCGACACCUACCUGUCGCUGUUCCCGUGCCUACUGGCGCCCACCCUCUGGGAGCGCCCUGGCAACGUGACACCGCUGAUACGGCUACUGUGCUCGUUUGUGCGCCAAGCUUCGCCGCAGAUUUCGGCCGAGGGAAAGCUGAGCGGCGUGCUGGGUGUUUUCCAGAAGAUGAUUGCCUCAAAGAACAAUGACCAUGAAGGGUUCUAUCUGAUGCAGAAUUUGUUGCUCCACUACCCAGCUGAAGAGCUCGGGCAAAGCAUGCGUCAGAUCUUUUCGCUGCUCUUUCAACGGCUUAGUUCCUCCAAGACGACCAAGUUUGUGCGAUCUUUCAUCGUGUUCCUCUGCCUUUACGCGUCACGUGUUGGCCCGCAGGCGUUAAUACAGAUGAUCGAAAGCAUUCAGGCGCAAAUGUUCGGCAUGGUGGUCGAACGGGUGUUCAUCCCCGACAUCAACAAGGUAUCGGGUGAGCUCGACCAGAAGAUCGUCUCCGUGGGGCUGACGAAGCUGCUGUGCGAGUGCCCGGAGAUGCUGGCCGAACCAUACGUAAACUUUUGGCCGCAGCUAUUGCAGACGGUGGUGCAGAUCUUCGAGCUGCCGCCCGACGAGUCCGCCAUCGAUGGUGAUAACUUCAUCGAAAUCGAGGACGUGCCCGGCUAUCAGGCCGCCUACUCGCAGCUCAACUUUGCCCAGCCGAAACCGUUCGAUCCGCUGCCGGACGUAACGAAUGUACGCCAAUAUCUGGUACAGCACCUCGGCAAGCUGGGUCAGGCGCACGCCGGGAAGGUCGGUACGCUGAUCUCUUCCCUGCCGGCGGCUCACCAGGAAGCGCUGCAAAAGUACUGUGCGCAGAGUGGCGUUCAGAUUGCCUAAAGCGCCAACUUCUGAUAUAGAUUUAAGCAAAAAAGUGUACUCGUCAUUUAAAAAGUUUUUAUGUUCUUUGGUUGUGGCUGAAAUGGAGUAGAACCAUUUUCAGCUGCGCCUGCAUGUUAGGUGUCUUCGUAUCCAUUGUGUCCCCCAUUAUGUACAAUAAAUAAAGUUCUCGCUGUUGUCAUAGAA